GCAAGAGACUUUGUGGUUGCUCGGAAACCCUUGGCGGCAAGAUGGCGGCGACCGGCGGUCGGACCGCGGCUUCGCCCCAGCUGAGCCGGCAGUCGCCGGGGCGGCCGCCGCGAGACGGCUACGGCGUAUACGUAUACCCAAAUUCUUUCUUCCGUUACGAAGGCGAGUGGAAGGGAGGAAAGUUACAUGGUCAUGGGAAGCUAUUGCUUAAAGAUGGAAGUUAUUAUGAAGGUGAAUUUGUGGAUGGAGAAAUCACUGGAGAAGGCUACCAACACUGGGCCUGGUCAGGAAACACCUACUCUGGACAGUUCGUUUUAGGAGAGCCUCAAGGACAUGGCGUCAUGAAGUACAAAGCCGGAGGUUACUAUGAAGGGGAGUUCUUCCGAGGUCUCAGGGAAGGACAGGGGUUUCUGGAGGACCAGGAUGGGCAGGUGUACCAGGGUUCCUUCCAUGACAACAAGAGACAUGGCCGUGGGCAGAUGAUCUUUAAGAACGGUGACAAGUACGAAGGAGACUGGGUUCGAAACCAGCGUCAGGGACACGGGGUGCUGUGCUGUGCUGACGGCUCCACCUAUGAGGGACAGUGGCACAGCGAUGUCUUCAGUGGGCUGGGCAGCUUUGCCCACUGCUCGGGAGUCACUUACUGUGGAAUGUUUAUCAAUGGCCACCCAGCAGCACAGGCUAAGAAAAUUGUGGUUCUGGGACCAGAGGUACUGGAAGUGUUCCAAGGCUCUCCCUUCACACUGAAUGUGCAGCUGCAGCAAGACGAUGGGGAAGUUGCCACAAGUGAGAGUGGCCGGACCCUGAAGAUCUCAGCAGGAGUCAGAUACGUGCAACUCCCAGAGUACUCUGAGGUCAGCUUUUUCAAGAUGGACGAAGAUCACAAGGAGGCACCCAUUCAGACACCAUUUGGGUUCCAGUGUAUUUCCUAUCCCCUGUCCAUCCCCACAUCCUGGGGACUGGAGCCUGGUUCUACUGUGGAAAGUUGCAGAGCCGACAUACUACUCUCCCAGGGAGACUCAGAGACGGCGCAGGACACAGAAGCUUUCCAUGGCCAAGUAGACACCCCAAGCUUCCUGCCAGAGAAGCCAUGGACGGAAGCACAUCUGUUCCUGGAUGGCAGGACUGUGAGUCAGCUUCACCUCAUGUUUCCAGGAAGAGCAGUGGGCAGAGACUCCUGCAGCUGGCGAGCCUUCCACGUGGCCCUGUUCCUCUGGGGAAGCCACACGCUCGUGGCGAGGAGACACGCAUCCUGUCCUCCUGCAGCCUGUCAGCAGGUGCAGCAAGGCUGCGCUGAGUUUGUGGACAUCAUCCUCGGACCCCCUCCGCCUGGGAUGCAGCCCUUUCUCUUCCUGCCCAGCGCUCUUGAGAAGACGGACGGCAGGCCCAAAGGUGACCAGAGUUCCCCAGAGGUGGUGCCCACUGUCCAGGAUUCCCCCAAAGGCCCCAGGCCUGAUGGGACAGCAGUAGAGCCAUCGACGGCUGCAUAUCUAGGGGAGUAUGUGGUCAUGAUCCGUGAUGUGACCACUCCUCCAUUCCUGGGCCACAGGCUGCCCACUGCCUUCAAACACCUGCGAGUCUUGGCAAAGGGGGACAGCCAGUGGCCCCACGUCCCUGAAGAUCACCCGGAAGCCCUAAGCUAGAGGCCACUCCUGGCCCAUGGACACAAAGGAGCCAAGAGCACCCUCAAGUGAAGGCCACCCUCCCCUGAAUAAGAGAUUCAUGCUGCCUCCCCCCAGGGAGCACACCCUCUAUUCCUAAACAGCCUGGGAGCUGGCCCAUGUGAGCUCCACAGCUACCGACUUCAAUAAAGCUCUCCAUAUCAA